CUACGAAGCCACACGCUCCGUUCUCUGUUCCUCCCCGUACGCAACUACUUCUCCCUACUCCUCUCUUCUCCUCAACUCGAUUGUGGAUGAGAGACCACCGAACCGUCGCGAUUCGACACGCCACCCUAAGACCACACCCGUCCAAGCCUCCCGCCCCCGCUCCGGCCACUCGUCCGGCGCCGCCGGAGUGAUCUCCGGACGUGAUUGCGCUUCCGCGACGGAAAAUUUGGUGCUAUUCUGUGUAAUUGUACCUGAUAGGAAGAUGCUAGGGUUUAUGUUUUGAGUUCCACGUUCGUUUCAAAAAUGAAGUCUGCAGGUUCCAACAACCAGUGAUUUUGGAACACUUGUGCAAGUCCAAGAUCGAUUCGAGUGGCAAUCAUUUACAUAUGACUUAAGUUAAAAAUUAAAAAGAUAAUGGUGCUCUGAGAUUAACUGAACUUGACUGUCACUGCUUCAAGUUCUCAAAUUCACAUGGGUACUUCAAUGGAAGGUGUUCAAGAUGAUGUUGCUUCUGAUAAAUUGCAGCAGAGGCAGAGCCUCAAUGCAGGGGUUAAUGCAUCUCAAUCUGUUCAAGAAGUGACUGAUCCUAUAAUACCUGAGAAAGGAUCAGAAGCGGAAUUGAAUCCAUCUUUUGCUGCUUCAAGUUCACAAGUUGACAUGGGUACUUCAGGGGAAGGUGCGGCAGAUAAUGUUGCUUCUAAUAAAUUGCAGCAGAGACAAAUUCCUGAUACAGGGGUCCAUGCAUCACAAUCUCAUCAAGAAGCAAUCAUGCCCUCCAUCAUACCUGAGAAGGCAUCAGAAGAUGGAUACAAUUGGCGAAAGUAUGGGCAAAAGCAUGUUAAAGGAAAUGAGUUUAUUCGUAGCUAUUACAGAUGUACACAUCCUAACUGCCAAGUGAAAAAGCAACUGGAACGCUCCCAUGAUGGGCAAAUAACUGAUAUUAUUUAUUUUGGUAAGCAUGAUCACCCUAAACUUCAAGUUGAUCUUCCGUUGGCUGUUGGCCUUGUUGUCCCUGUCCAAGAAGUAAGACCAAAGGAGCCAUCAUCAACUCUCGUGGAAGAAAAAUCUUUGGAUGGGGAUGGCCAGACAUCUUGUCAAAUUGAGCCAGUGGAUGCCCCCCAACCUGCUAUUGCAGUCAGUGAUGAUUGUGCGGAUCGUGCUAUUGCUGUAUGGAGCAGGACAAGAGAUGAGACUGAUAAUGAUGAUGAUCCUGACUCAAAAAGACAGAAGAAAGACAUUAAUAAUGUCGAUGCCACUCCGACCGAUAAGCCAAGUGGUGAACCGCGCAUUGUUGUUCAGACUGUGAGUGAGGUAGAUAUUGUGAAUGAUGGGUACCGCUGGCGGAAAUAUGGUCAGAAAUUAGUGAAAGGCAAUACAAAUCCAAGGAGUUAUUACAGGUGCUCAAAUGCAGGAUGUCCAGUAAAAAAGCAUGUGGAGAGGGCAUCUCAUGAUCCAAAAAUGGUUAUAACCACAUAUGAAGGACAACACGACCAUGAUAUGCCUCCAGCAAGGACGGUUACCCAUAAUUCAGCAGGACCCAAUACCACUACAACAGAUGUGAAUGACGAAUCAAGAGCUAAAUCAGAACAAAGCGACAAUGUUGGCCUUGCAAUAGUGCCCUAUAUAUGUUUGGGGCCUGAGAAUAAUAAAUCGAACGAUCAACAAACUCCAAGUGCAGAACCUGUCCAGACCUAAACUCUUGUUUUCGGUAGCAAUAAGUUACUUAGGAUCUCGAUUAGAUUGUGUGUGCGCAUUGGAGGGUAUCUUCUCUUUUCCCUUCUCAUUUUUUGGGGGUGGGAUUACUUGUGAUCGGUUAUAUAGAUUGUAAGACUUACCACCAGGUGUGUAAAAUUAGUCCAAUAGGCAUGAGAUGUAUCAUGUAGAUGUUCUCAUAAGUAUCCAAUGUUCCUGAUAGCUGUUCAUGCUGUCUCUUAUUGACUUCAUUCCUGCAUUUGCCUUCUUCCAUGUCCAGACAGUGCUUUGCUCAUAAUCCUUGAUAGGUACAACACUUGGUAUUGAAAAAUACUAAAUUAGUUCA